AUUGAUGAUCAUUUAGAGCAAGAACUUUUGAGUCUCAAAGAAAAGGUGAAUAAAAUGCUAUUUGCCACUCCCAACAACCUUUCAAAUCAGCUGAAGUUUAUUGAUCUAAUCCAACGUUUGGGAGUGGCUUAUCAUUUUGAAAGUGAGAUCGAUGAAAUGUUGCAUCAAUUUUAUGAUCGAAGUGAUGAUCAAGACAUAGAUGUUCAUGACCUUCAAAUG